AUGGGACCUUUUUAUUUCCUAGCCAUGGUUCUAUCCAUGUGCUGUCAUGCUCAUCUUGCUUGGACGGUGAAUAAUUUCCUCAUGACUGGACCUAAGGCUUUUCUGACAUAUGCCGGUAGUGUGCAAGUGGGCGCACAGAGUGGAAUACACGAGUGUAAACACCAGUUCGCGUGGGAGCGCUGGAACUGCCCAGAAAACACGCUCCAAUUAUCUACACACAACGGCCUCCGCAGUGCAACAAGACAAACGUCUUUCGUCCAUGGCAUCAGCGCUGCCGGAGUGAUGUACACGCUCACCAAGAACUGCAGUAUGGGAGACUUUGACAACUGCGGCUGUGAUGACUCCAGAAUUGGACAAACAGGUGGUAGAGGCUGGAUUUGGGGAGGCUGCAGUGAUAACGUGGCGUUUGGAGAGAAGAUCUCAAAACAGUUCGUGGACGCGCUGGAAGGUGGACAGGACUCACGCGCAGCAAUCAACCUGCAUAACAACGAGGCAGGCCGACUGGCAAUCAAAGCUACCAUGAGGAGAGCCUGUAAGUGCCACGGGGUGUCCGGGAGCUGCAGCAUCCAAACCUGCUGGAUGCAGCUGGCCGACUUCAGAGCGGUGGGUAACUACCUGAAGAUGAAGUACGAACACGCAAAGAAGCUGGAGAUGGACAAGAAGCCGACAAGGUCUGGGAACAGCGCGGACAACAGAGCAGCCAUUGCACUAGCUUUUAGGAGCAUCGCUCGCACUGAACUCGUCUACCUGGAGGAUUCCCCGGAUUACUGCGUCAAGAACCGGAGCCUGGGAUUCCAGGGCCUCGAGGGGCGGGAAUGUCUGAAGGGAAACAAGAACAUGUCCCUGUGGGAGAGAAAGAGCUGCCGCAGGCUGUGCUAUGAAUGCGGCCUCAAAGUGGUGGAGAAGCGCAUUGAGGUAGUCAGCAGCUGCAACUGCAAAUUCCACUGGUGCUGCACGGUCAAGUGUGACAAAUGUACGCAAGUUGUUACGAAAUAUUACUGCGCGCGUAAACAAGGUGGCAGGAAGCCACAUAAUAAAGCCAAGCGCAGGAACCGUGCGCAACGCCACUGACUACUAUUUGUUGCAUUGGAUCUCUAUUUCUAUUAUGGACAUUAACAAACAUUAUUCAGUAUUACAAGAAUGUAACUUUUUUCAACUUGACAUAUCAACUGACACCUUUUAAUGCACUUGUUCUUUUGAUUUGAUUCUGACAAA